CUCUCUCUCUCUCUCUCUCUCCUCCCUCGUUCUCUCUUCGUCAGUAACGGAGGCCGAAGCCCAGCAGAGUCAAUUUGGAGGUCACAGGUUCUUCUGCUUUAAAAUUCCCGCGAAUUUCUUCUCAAGUUUUGUCCUUUGCCUCUGUCCUCGGUUCUCUAUGUAGCUUCAAUCCCAUUGACGAACAACCCAUGUUUCACUUCUUCCUCUUGGAUUCGUUUUUCUCACUGAAUGUCCCAUUCUAGGGUUUCAACGCCCAAUUGUCGACAUUCUUGCUUGUUUCAAAUGCUUCAAGUGGGAGUUUCUCAUCAGUUAGUCACCGCAUGCUGUUUGCUUGACAUGUUACUGUAGCUGUGUCAUUUGUUGAAUCCGCUAAUGGGUAAUGUGGAGAUCCCUAAUUGGCUCAAAGGGCUGCCGCUGGCGCCCGUUUUUCGGCCCACGGACACCGAAUUCGCCGACCCUAUUGCUUACAUCUCGAAAAUAGAGAAGGAAGCGAGCGCUUUCGGCAUUUGCAAGAUCAUCCCUCCAUUGCCCAAACCCUCCAAGAAGUACGUUUUCAGCAACUUGAACACGUCCUUGUCAAAGUGCCCUGAUAUAGGACCUGAUGUGAGUUUACCCGGUUUAGGUUCUUCGUCGAAAACGGGUCCCAGUAAUUGUGAGAAAGAAGGGGAUGUGAGGGCGGUAUUCACGACGAGGCAGCAGGAACUGGGACAAAGUUCGAAGAGGCCGAAAGGGGCGGGAAAUAAUCCUCAGCAGUUGGGUGGUCAUAAGCAAGUCUGGCAAAGUGGGGAGGCGUACACAUUGGAGCAGUUUGAGGCAAAGUCCAAGGCUUUGGCUCGGACCCUGUUGGGUGCGAUUAAGGAGGUUUCUCCUCUAGCUGUGGAGGCCUUGUUCUGGAAGGCAGCAACAGAGAAACCAAUAUAUGUGGAGUAUGCAAAUGAUGUCCCUGGGUCCGCUUUUGGAGAACCAGAGGAGCUGUCUCGAUAUCUUCGAAGGCGGAGGAGGACGAGAACUAGGACUUCUUAUCAGAGACAGAGCAACAAAGAUGAAGCAGGCGAUGUGAAGGAUCCUUGUACCUCUGAUUCUUGUGAAAAAAAAGAUACCUACGCAAGGAUUAAUGAAAGUGCUUCAUUGGAGAUAUGUGAUGGAUCUACUACUCCAUCGGACUCUCCAUUCUUAGAUCAAAGUUUGACAGGCUAUAGGAAAAGUCAUUCCAGUAAUGGUAGCAGCAAUAGUGAGAUGGAAGGUAGUGCAGGAUGGAAGCUUUCAAAUAGCCCAUGGAACUUACAAGUAAUUGCCCGAUCGCCUGGAUCACUUACCCGGUUCAUGCCAGAUGAUAUUCCUGGUGUUACUUCGCCGAUGAUUUACAUUGGCAUGCUUUUUAGCUGGUUUGCAUGGCAUGUUGAAGAUCAUGAGCUUCACAGCAUGAAUUUCCUCCACAUGGGCUCGCCGAAGACCUGGUAUGCAGUUCCAGGAGAUUAUGCUCUCGAUUUCGAGGAAAUUAUACGUUCGGAUGCCUAUGGAGGAAAUAUUGAUCAACUAGCUGCUCUAUCUCUUUUGGGUGAGAAGACUACUCUAAUUUCCCCUGAGGUAAUUGUUGCAUCGGGCAUUCCUUGUUGCAGGCUGAUACAGAAUCCUGGAGAAUUUGUUGUGACAUUUCCGAGGGCUUAUCAUAUAGGAUUCAGCCAUGGUUUUAAUUGUGGGGAAGCGGCUAAUUUUGCAACACCACAAUGGCUUAGAUUUGCGAGGGAUGCGGCAGUGCGCAGAGCUGCUAUGAAUUAUCUGCCCAUGCUCUCUCAUCAGCAACUGCUCUACCUGUUAACGAUGUCCUUUGUUUCAAGAGUUCCAAGAUCCUUACUGCCAGGGGCCAGAAGUUCUCGCCUGAGAGAUCGCCAGAGGGAAGAAAGAGAACUUUUGGUGAAAAAGGCCUUUGUGGAAGAUAUGCAGAAGGAGAAUCACCUAUUAUCUUCUCUUCUCGGGAAGGAUUCAACUUACCUUGCAGUAGUAUGGAACCCUAAUAUGCUGCCAUCCCUAAAUAACCACUCUGGAUCCCCUGAUAAAACUGCUUCGGUUCCUACCACUCAAAAGGAAAAUGUUGCUUGCGAUUCUUCUGACCACAAUGGUUUGUCUGGAGAGCUGAGUAUGUAUGUGGAAGCCCAAAAUGAGCUAGAUAUGGAGAACGCAGAUCUGUUUUUCGAUUUUCAAGUUGAUUCCGGAACUUUGGCUUGUGUAGCUUGUGGUAUUCUUGGGUUCCCAUUCAUGUGUGUCAUACAGCCUUCUGAAACUGCUGCUCUCGAGCUUCCAUCAAGCGAUGCUAUCCCGAGUGCUCCUCAUCCUGAUAUCUUUCAAGAAGAACUGGCAAUCACUCCAAUGACCGAUUUCAGAGAGGGGUGGAACACUUCAAGUAGUUGUAGGAGACCCAGAAUUUUUUGUCUUGAGCAUGCGAUUCAAGUGCAGGAUCUAUUACAGGGUAGAGGCGGAGCAAACCUGCUUAUAAUCUGCCACUCGGACUAUCAGAAGAUGAAGGCAUAUGCUGCAGUUAUCGCAGGGGAAACCAGCACUUGUUUCGAUUAUGAGGAGAUUCCGUUACAUAUUGCAACACAGGCGGACCUUAACUUGAUAGAACUUGCAAUCAUUGAUGAUGAAAAUGACAAGUAUGGAGUAGACUGGACAUCCAAUCUUGGAAUUAAUCUCCGGUACUGUGUCAGAAUCAGAAAGAACUACCCGUCAAAGCGAGUUCAGCAUGCAUUGGCUUUGGGUGGAUUAUUCUCUGCGGAUAGCAUUCCGACUUCAGACGUGUUAGGAGUUAAAUGGAAGUCUAGGAAGUCUCGCUCAAAGCCUAGAGUAGAUCAUCCACAGAACUCUGAGCCCUCUAAGAGUCUGCAGUCGAGUGAAGUAACAUUGCAGAAGAAUACAGACAGUCAUGAGGUGAACAAGGUCAAAAAUGUUAUUCAGUAUUCAAGAAGAAAUUCUAAGUUGAAAUCUCGUGAUUCUGAAAAAUUGUCUUCCAGAAACUUGGGCAAUGAAAUUAAAUGUGCUUCUCUUGGGGUUUCUGCUGAAGUUGUCGAGCAUGAAGUUCGGGUUCUUGAAGCACUGGGGGAUAUGGAUUCAGGUUUCCUUCCUGGUCAAGUUGCAAAUUCACCUGCUGGUACCUCUCAGUUUGCUGGAAGCAUUGAAGUGCAGAUUAUCAGUCAGACUUCGGAUGUAAUGGAGGUGGAAGGAGGUAGGAGUACCUCCGAAGUACAGGAUGAAGAAGAGGAAAGUGAGACUUCCCAUGAAACAAGUUGUUCUAAUCCCAGUGAGGCUAAAACUAGCGAAAAUAUUGAGAUUCAAAGGGAACAUAUAGGCAGCCAAGAAGGGGUUUCCGACCUAGCAGAUAAGGAUUGCGAAGGGCACGGUGAAUCUCGAUCUAUGGAUGUUAUUGGAGUGAAUGAGAUUGCAGAACCCAUGCAUUCACAAACCUGUGAUGUCUGUUCAGAAAUGCGCACUGCUCACUCGAGGGAGGAUAAAGCUUCUGAUGAUUCUCUGUCCUGUGCAGAAGACAAUAAUAAUAUGGGUUCAGUGGAGAAAUGUCCAGAAGCGUCCAGUACAGCCUAUGCUGAGAAAGAAGUGUGUCAUAGAUCGCCAUCAGGUUCCAAAUCGCAGGCGGCAAUGGUAGAAAAUAACAAUGAUCCUGUUGCUGAGAAAGAAUAUAAUGAAGCUUUAGAGGAAAUUCGUGAUGAAGGACGCUUGAUCGAUAGUGCUGGUUCAGAUGAUGAGUCACAUCGAGCAGACUGUACAACGAGUGAAGUUCGUGAUGAUAAACUGGAAUGUGGGCAUAGGUCUGAUCGAGAUUUGGAUGGGAAUGAAGUUGAAGUCUCUUCUUCCCAAGAUCAUAUGCAGCCGGGAACAGUGGACGCACCAGUCUCGGAGACUAGGAAGAAGAGGAAAAGAAAGAGUGAAGUGGAGAUGAUAGCAGACGGCAAAUUACUCACCAUUGGCUUCGUGAGAAGUCCCUGUGAAGGUUUGAGACCAAGGUCUAGAAGCGGGUCCCACAUCAUCAGCGCUGAAGGAGACGAGAAGCCAAGAAAAAAAGUAAGGCAGCGUCUGAAUGAAAAGGUGGGUCUCUACGAUACGAAAGAAAUUACAGGCACUAGCAGGGCCUACAGGUGCAACCUAGAGGGGUGCCGAAUGAUCUUUGAGACCAAGGAGGAGCUAUCCAUGCACAGGAGGAACCGCUGCCACCAUGAAGGGUGCGGGAAGAAGUUCAGCUCCCACAAGUACGCAAUCCUCCACCAGCGGGUCCAUGAGGAUGACCGGCCCCUCAAAUGCCCAUGGAAGGGCUGUAGGAUGAGCUUCAAGUGGGCAUGGGCCCGCACCGAGCACAUAAGGGUCCACACGGGGGAGCGCCCCUACAAGUGCAAGGUGGCCAACUGCGGGCUUUCGUUCCGUUUCAUAUCAGACUACAACCGGCACCGCCGCAAGACUGGCCACUACGUGAGCUGAUCCCGUCCACACAAUGAAUCAUGGUAUCAACCAAUUAGAUUUUUUAUAGAUAAAAUGUUCCCUGAAGGCGGGUUGAAUUCUUGUGCGGUUUGCCAAAGAUGCCCCAGGGGGUACUGUGUCAGGUAGGUAGGUUUGAUAUUCCGACAUCUACUCGAUGAAUGCAGCGGUAGUUGAGGAAGGCACUGGGUGAACUUUUCUGCUUUGUGUGGUUCUCGAGAGGGUUCUAUUGCCAGUUUCGUUUUGAUUGCUUGGAAGUGUUAAUACCAAAUCACCAGUCGUAGGAGUGAGAGAUCUUUUCCUUGUUGGGUCAGGACUUCGCUUUUCCACAAAGCUUGAGACACAAGAAAGUUGGCGAAAAAAAAAAAAUUGUUUCCAAUUUCCCGUUCCUUGAAGGCUCAAAACUUUGAGCUGAUAUGAGUGUCGGGCUGCAGGGCGAUGUCUUGACCGAGGAAAACAUGUUUUUUCAUAAUUCUUGGUUGCAGAGUUUAUCUUGUAUUAUGAUCCUUAGAAGAACUUUCCGGUCAUGUUUUCAAAUGAUCUCUUGUACCUUUGGGCCUCUAGAUCUGCAUUGCCUCUAUCGACUGAGGGCAAUCAAUUCUGAUGGCCCGAAAGUACAAGAGACGGUCCGA